AAGCAUAUUUUCACUCUUUUCCCCAAGCAUAUUUUCUUCGUCUAUAUAUACACUACUAUACAACUGCAUAGUUUUCCACCUUAAAAAAAAAAAAUAAUAAUAAUAGUAAUAAAAAACCCAUAUUCUUCUGCUACUUAACAAAAUCAAUAUCAGUAGAGAAGAAGCUCAAACACAAAAAGCAAAAAAAUGGUGGUCGCCGGACCAGAUAUUGCCGGCGGCAACUGGAAUUUUUCCAACAUGAAGAAAUUCACAAUCCAAGUCAUCAUCAGCCGGUGGUUCGUGGUCUUCGCUUCCCUUCUUAUCAUGGCGGCUGCCGGUGCAACUUACAUGUUCGGUCUAUACUCCAGCGACAUCAAAAAAGUCCUGGGUUACGACCAAACAACUUUGAAUCUGCUGAGCUUUUUCAAAGACGUGGGCGCGAACGUGGGGGUUCUCUCCGGCCUGAUCAACGAGGUGACGCCGCCGUGGGUGGUGCUGUCAAUGGGAGCGGUGCUCAACUUCUUCGGCUACUUCAUGAUCUGGCUGGCUGUCACUAGAAAAAUAGCCACUCCCAAAGUGUGGCACAUGUGCAUGUAUAUAUGCAUAGGUGCAAACUCUCAGUCUUUCGCCAACACCGGUUCUCUCGUCACUUGCGUGAAGAAUUUCCCCGAAAGCCGCGGCGUCGUUUUGGGGAUUCUCAAAGGCUAUGUGGGCCUUAGCGGAGCUAUUAUCACUCAGCUUUUCCAUGCCUUCUACGGCGACGAUACCAAAUCAUUGAUUUUGCUCAUCGGUUGGCUUCCUGCUGCUAUCUCUUUCGCUUUUCUCCGAACCAUUCGGAUCAUGAAGGUCGUCAGGCAGCCUAAUGAGCUCAAAGUGUUUUAUAACUUGCUUUAUAUCUCACUUGGGCUUGCUGGGUUUUUGAUGAUCAUGAUUAUAGUUCAGAACAAGGUUGAUGAUUUUACCCAGACCGGGUACGGUGCUAGUGCCGGGAUGGUUCUUUUCUUUCUUUUUCUUCCCGUGCUGGUUGUUAUUGUUGAAGAGUAUAAGAUCUUGCGGAGCAGGCAAUUUGUGGAUGAUUCAUCUUCUUCACCUUUGGGAAUUAUCACGGAGAAUCCUAAUCCGAAUCCUGAAGUCCAAGCCAAUAAUUCAUCAACAGCAGUUCCUCCAAAUCAUUUGCUUGUAGAGCAAACUACAACUACUACGAGCACAGAAAAGCAGCCUUCUUGUUGGAAAACGAUUUUCCGACCGCCACCGAGAGGCGAAGACUAUACUAUUCUACAAGCCCUUUUCAGCAUGGACAUGUUCCUUCUUUUCUUCGCGUGUAUUUGCGGAGUUGGAGGAACUUUGACGGCCAUUGAUAAUCUCGGUCAGAUCGGUACUUCACUCGGAUACCCCAAGAAAUCAACCAGCACUUUUGUUUCUCUAGUAAGUAUAUGGAACUAUCUCGGACGUGUGUUUUCUGGUUUCCUCUCCGAGAUCUUGUUGGUGAAAUACAAAUUCCCUCGUCCUCUCAUGCUCACUUUGAUCAUGCUAAUAUCAUGUGCUGGUCACCUUCUAAUCGCUUUCGAUGUCAAAAAUGGUUUAUAUUUUGCUUCUGUGAUUAUUGGUUUCUGUUUUGGUGCUCAAUGGCCGUUGCUUUUCGCCAUAAUUUCCGAGCUUUUCGGGCUUAAAUACUACUCAACCCUAUACAAUUUUGGGUCGGUGGCUAGUCCAAUUGGGUUAUAUGCGUUGAAUGUCAAGCUCACUGGACAUUUGUAUGAUAAAGAGGCUACUAAGCAAAUGAUAGCUUCGGGAUUAAAAAGGGAAGCUGGUGAAGAGCUGGAUUGUAGAGGUGUUGAGUGCUUCAAAUUGGCUUUCAUUAUUAUUGCUGCUGCAACAUUUUUUGGUACUAUUGUCUCUUUGAUUUUGGUUAUAAGGACUACAAAGUUUUACAAAAGUGAUAUUUAUAAGAAGUUCAGAGAGCAAGCCAAAGCCGCCGAGACCGAAAUAGCCAUGGCUGAAAACGGCAUUAAACCGUCGGAAUCUAAUGGAAAGUAAGAUAUGUUAUAGGAUAUAUAGCUCAACCGUUUAUAACCAUGGUGUAGAAGUUUAGAGAAUGAAUAAUGAUGAUGAUGAAAGAGAAGGGGAAAAAAAAAAGUAUAGAAGAUGUGUAAAACAAAAAAUAGCGUGCAAUAUUUUUCUUUGUACUUGUUCUACUAUAGCUUUUUUUUUUUUUUUUUGCUUUAAUUAUUGGAUGCAAAACUUGUAUUAUUUGGCUUUUCAAAUACGACAGUUAAUUACUCGUGUUUCUUUAA